GAGCACUGCAUGCAGAGCUAAUGCACAACUAAACACAGGCUGCGUCCGAAACCGCACGCUGCUGUACUUCACAUGCUCCUCUAACGAACGGACUUCUAGGGGCGGUGAACUAGUUUUUUACAUACUAAUUAGUAUGGUAGCGCCGUUUUUUCGCUGAUGAAGGGGAGGGGAAGGGGUAUUUUCCUGCUGUCUUUCUGCUCUUAGUCGCUGCAGACUGAUGGGGGGAAAUAAUGUAGUCCAGGUUAAUCGCUUUAUAAACGGCUCUAAUGGGGAAUGUAGCGCAGGGAGGUUUCCGUACCAGCCUCUACCUGACCAAACCGAAAUCCCGAGCGACCCACCGUUUAAUUAGAUCCCCUGAGGAGUGGGUAUUUAGCUUUCUGAGGGGAGUUGAAGCCGGAAUCGGUGACGGCGCAGGGAGCGGAAAAGCGGGAAAAGCGGCCCGGACAGUGUGUGGAGCUGACCGCGGGGUGAUGAGAGACCGAGUGUAAUGUUUGGGCUGGAGCGUGUGUUGCUGAGGGAAUGAGACUGCGUGGCAGGGAUCUGGAGGAUUCCGCCAUCUCCUGGAUACCAAACGUCCUUGGGGUGCAGAGUUUCAGGCUCCGCCUUCGCCUUGAUCGUCGUGACGACAGGGGGAGGAGCCUCUGGCAGCUGGUGGAUCUGGACGAAGAGGCGGCGACGAAUGGCCAGAGGUUGCGGGACAGGACACCGCCCACCUGUUCACAGAGUCUGAUGAGUAUUCCUGCAACGUCUGGACAGACGGGGGCUGGAGAGAUGCAGUCACCUGCGGCAGUUAGCCCAUCCUUCCUCCCGCCCCCAACCGGAAAGGUUCCGGGUCGCAAGAGGGGACGUCCGCCACUCAAAAGGCACCCAGAGUAUCAGAACCACUACCCAGAAUCCCUCCCACCUAUCAAAGUGCCAAAGAAGCGAGGGAGAAAACCUGGAUUCAAGCUGAAGUCUCGAUUGGCGAUGACUCCUCUGGCCAUCUCCCCUCCUAGCAGCACUCCAGAACCAGACAUGAGCUCCAUUCCCCAGGAUGCUGCCACUGUUCCCCACUCUGCCACACCAGAGGUCCUUACAGUUUGUAUCUAUGUAAAUAAGCACGUGAACACGGGUCCUAACUUGGACAGGCAGAAGGUUCUGCAACUGCCUGAUCACUUAGGUCCAGCCAGGCCCUCUGUGGUGCUGCAGCAGGCAGUGCAGGGCUGUAUUGACAGCGCUUACCAGCAAAAAGCAGUUUUCACUCUGCUCACACAAGGCUAUGGAGGAGAAAAGAUAUCAGCUACGUUUGAUGGUAAGCAGCACCUGCUGAGUCUCCCGGUGGUGAACAGCGUGGGCUAUGUCCUCCGCUUCCUCAAGAAGCUAUGCCGGAGCCUGCUCUGUGAAAACCUCUUCAGUGACCAGCCCAUCGCACCUUCCUCCUCUCCCUCCUCCUCUUCCUCCUUCCACACCGACAAGCAUUCAGAAGGACAGGCCAAGUCGACAGACUCUAUGGUGGAUGAUUACCAUACUGAAGAAAUGCAGUCAAAGCGCUACUCUAGUGACCCCACUGACAGCACUUUUGGUGCUCUGUCAUCACCGUACACAGCACCUAAAUCCAGCUAUGGGUUUCGCUCUGGUCCCACCUACUCAGGGGGUGUGUGCAGACAGGCAGCCAGUCCCAGCACGUUCCAGGAAGGAAACAGAAGUGCCUACAGUCCAUCACCGGAGGCAGGUGAGUCGAAGCCUCCCUCCAGUAAAGACCCGUCCCGCUGGAGCGUAGAGGAGGUGGUGUGGUUCAUUAAGGAUGCAGACCCUCAGGCCCUAGGACCCCAUGUAGAGCUCUUCCGAAAACAUGAGAUUGAUGGAGAUGCUCUCCUCUUGCUGAAGAGUGACAUGAUCAUGAAGUAUCUGGGACUCAAACUGGGCCCGGCCCUCAAGCUCUGCUACCACAUCGACAAGUUAAAACAGAACAAGUUCUGAUCUGGCCCUGGUCUGCCGUAAGGCCCAUGCGCAACUACUCACAAGCACGCAUGCAUAUAUCCCCCAUCUCACCCUACUGUACUCCACUCUUCCCCUUAUAUACACAAUCAUACAGACACAAAAUCACUUUCUCUCACAUGCACUGAGAAAGACCAGUUUAUGGCAUCAUCCACUCGAUUUUUGUUUACAGUGCUUUAUGUUUUUCAUAUUGCGGAUUUUUUUAAACCCUCUCCCUCCUGGUGUGUCACUGCCCAUGGACUUUCAACGGACUACUGCGAUCAUUUUGCUUACCUGUGGAUGUUUGACAUUGAGCUUGUUUGAAAUGGAUAAACUGAGUGAUGACCAAGUCACGAAGAGUGCACCCAGCCUGGAAUUACAUAUACAGUCACCCAGAUAAGGAAAAAGGUGUGACACCUAAGACGAAGGGACAGUUUACAGUGACGUGUUGUUGUAGACUGCACCCAUGCAAGUGUAGUAUACAUUUCUAUGGUGUAUGCUCAGUUGCAGAUUGUGUGGUGGCCACCUAGUGAUGAAAUUGAGGCACUGCAAUUCUCUGCAGACCUGAGACACUGGAUCCCAUUUUUUCUGCAGCAUUUUGUUCAUAGAGCAGCUACAUGAGACAUGAUCACAUCCAGAAUGCGGUGUUUGAGUACAAUCAUAACUGUUCCGAAUUCAGAAAUAACCAUACAGGGUUACGCUGUUUUCUUCUCAACCAGCAAAAUACAAGAAUCAGUACUUGAGGACAGAACCGUGGACCAAUCCUUCAGAACAAGUUUGGAUAUAAGUUCAGAGUUAGCACCACCAAAUCACACUACAAUACAGUUUCUACAACAUUCAUGUUUAAUGCAAACCAGCACCCAGAAAAUGCAUGGAUACCAAUGCAGCUGACAAUGCAAAACACUGGCACAAUGCAACGUUUAACCCAAUGGACCAAACACAGGUAUAACCACAGUGAGUUUCUUUACCAAAUCCCACUCACACCUGCUUCUUACACAGGUAUCACUUCAGUCAGGUGCACAUAACGCAGAUAUAGUAGCAACACCAUCUCUACCUGCCUAUGCGUGCACUUUCAAUAUUAAUCCAUGGGGUAUUCAGAUAAGUUAGUACUUGAUUCUUGUUAACAAAAAUAUCCUUCAUAAAGCAUUAUUGCAAAACUUAAGAUGAAGAUGAAAACUUAACUAAUAUCUGAAUGCUUCUAUUCAAUAUUAUACAGAGUACAUUAUUAAUGUAUUAUUUUUGAGAUGUGCGUGGUGGCUGCAUCCAGGUAAGAUUUCUGAUUCACAAAAUCUGCACCUCUGUACCUUAUACAUAUAAACAUUGUACAGACUAUUUCUGGCCUUAGUGAAGGCUCAUUCAUAUGUCAAGCUAUGAAGUAAUUAUUCUGGCAACUCCACGUUAAAUACUCAAACUUAUUGGCCGUUUUAUCAGAAACAUGUUUCUGAUAAAAUCACACAGGUGCACGUUUACAAUUACUGUAACACAGUAGCCCAUCUGUUGACUUGCCACCCCCCUCUACAUCGUCCUUCAAAGUUAAAGGACCGCCACAGGACCAUCACUGACUGCUGUGGCCAAUGCAAAUAGCAUGUGGUCUGUGGUGUACCUAUGUGGUGGUUGUUUUCGAUUGAAGGACAGUGUGGAAGGAAACACCACAUGAAUAUACUCUUCAUUGGCCGGUAUAUACAUCAAUUGAUGGGUGACAGUUUUAACCUCGAAAGUGCACUUUUGUGGUGUUUAUGAUGAGAUGUCCAGUGAGUAUGAGUAUUUCAUGUGGUGUUUCUGUUAUUUUGGACACCCACUGUAUUUUCAAACAGUAUGUUUGUGUGAAAGGUGACAAUCUGUGCGUGGACAGAGUCAACAGUCGGCAACUAUGAGCUGCCUGAGCUUCAGAAUUUUAAUUUAAUUUAAUUUUUUUUUUAUAUAUAUUUUUCUGCAUGGAGCAGUUUUACAACUUAAUGGUGGCUCAAAUCUAGUAUAAAGCAUCUCGGUCUGCAUUCUUUUGUAAAUACAAUCAUUUAAAUGAUGACAAGCCACAGGUGUAUAUUUGCUAAAUCACAGCAUAUUUGUCAGAUCAGCAGUGUCGCAGAACAAAAAGGAGGAAAAGGAAUAAAUCAUGUACAGCAAGCUUUUUGCCUAAAACAUGUAAUCAGCUCUCCGCUAAGCUUUACUGUAGUAUGUCUCUCUGCGGCUAAAGCUAAAGCUACACUCUCACUUGUACAGAGUCAUCUGCAGCUUUGCAUUGGAGAGGCUCUCUCUGUCUGUUCUGUUUCUUUCAGUGAGACAUGCCUCAUGUAGGCAAAAGAAAACGUACUGUACAUCAUAUUGUAAUUAAAAACGCUGUUGAGUUAAAGCCCUUCACUGUCAGCUGCCACUUCACUGGGAUUAGUAUGCCAAACUGCCUAUGGUUCUUCAGAUUUGUAGUUCAGUUCUUUUGAAAAGGCCUUCAGCUUUUUACAUGUAAUACCUUCUGUAGAGGUCAGUAGGUGAGUGUAAUGUGCCUGGCACUAGAAAGAUUUAGAAGAGGCAAAAAAAGAUGUAUUGAAUGCCUAAGUGUAUAACUCAAAGCAUAGAGGUGCUGUUUUAAUAACUUAUUAAUUGUAAUAUCCACCCUUAUUUUUAUUUCCAUACUUUGCAUAGCUCUUGCAUAGUAAGUAGCAUUGCACCUGUUUUAGACCUGUAAGUCCAUUCUGCCUUGCCUGAGUGUAACGAAAAUAGUUGACACAUUAGGCCUAAACCCGCAUGCUGUGUACAUGCGACCACACUUGCAUAAAAAGGUUGAUGCUCGCCUGUGCAGUGGUGUGGCUAAACAUGCUGGCUGGAGAGGAAGUUGUUAUCCUGUGGAAGGAAAUUAUCUCACUUGAUUAUCUUCUUUAGGUACACCUUAUAUUCUGAAUGGUGAACACUGAGAACAAGGCUAUACAAGAAAUGCAGUAGUACAAAGGAAACAGGACUACAUUUAUAAACCUUGGUAGUAUUGUAAAUUAUUUCUUCUUAGUGGUUGAUGUGGGUGUUGGUUUUUUGAGGUAACACUGAGAACAGAGGAACAUCUUUUCCAACUUCAAUUAUCAUGGUUAGCCACACUCCUUCAGACUUCAGUCAUGUCUGCGGCAUAUUAAGACACUCAUGUUUAUAUAGUACUGUGGAAUUAAUGUUUGCACACUGUCAACUUUUACCUUUAUAAUUCUACAUGUGAGAAGCUGAUGCUCAUGGAAUCUCAUGACUGCUUUUGACAACACUGACUAGAGGUGGGCAAUAUGGCCAAGGUGUGAUGAUAAUCAAAGAAAUUUUCAAUGUAUACAGCAGUAAAUUUAAUUAUACAGGACUUACUAUGCUCGCUUUAUAAUAAAACCUGCAGGUGGUUUGUGUCUAUUAAGUAUUUACAAUAUCCACAAUAUGUUCAGAAAAGCAUAUUGUGAAGUAAUUUAUCACGAUGAUAGAAUAUCAGAAUUAGAAUAAAGCUUUAUUGGCCAGGUAUGCGACACAUACAAGGAAUUUGGUUUUGGUUACAGGAGCUCACAGUGCACAGUAUCAGACAGACAUUCACAUAUAGGGAAUAAGAUAAAGAAAUACAAAAUAAAAUAAAACCUGCAUUCCUACCUCACUCACUCAGACAGACACACACACACACGCACACAGUCAUACCUGUAAACCUUGCAUUGUGCAAAGUAUGAGUGUAAAGUUAAUAUCAUCAUAUUGCCCUUCUCCUAGUGUCAACUACUUUCGUUACACUGGCACCAUUGUUUUAUUUUUUUCUUGAUAGCCUUCACUUGAAUACCCGAGGGCUGUCCUAGCAGGUUCAUAACCAGUCCUGCGGUCCUGCUGUUGAUUAUGUAUGGCACUGCAUAAGGUGGAAUGUUUUGUUGUAAACAAAUCUGAAGGUUUGAAUCUGGUUAGCAUUGUUUGCUAUGUCAGACGUAUUAGCGGGGUGUUAAAUGAGCUAAAAAAAAUAUCUACUUUAUACAAUUUUCCUCAAAUGUAGUUAGUCAUCCAAUAAUUAAUAUCUGCAAACUAGUGUUGGGACAACUGAAUAGUUAAUCAAUAAUUAUUCAUAUGGGACAAUUAAUGGAAUUCAUCUGUUUCUUUUUUUUCCCAUUUUGUGUUCUUGAGCACUAUAUGCACAGAUCCCUUUUCUGAAACUCCAGUCCUAUUUUUACUUUUGUUUACACUGUGGGAUGUCCUGCCCAUCACGGUGUUACUUUGCGUCAUGCUGGCAUGGUGCCAUAUACGGUAAUGCAAAAAAUUUGCCUUCCCCUGGUCAAACAUUUUUUGUUGAUUUUCUAAAUAAAAUAAGUUACACAUCUUGUUCUGCACUUCUUAAUUUACAGUUACUUUUUAUUAGCUGAUUUUAACAUACUGCGGAAAAAACAUAAAUCGUGGCCUUUGUACAUUUUAUGCUGUAGGUUUUAUUUUUUCUAAUAUGUUAAACUCAGCAAAUAAAUAGAAAUUAUGCUCUAAAAUGUUUAAAAAUGCUGUUUUUAAGAUUGUUUCCUGUGGAGGAUAUGUUAACUUCCUCUGAAAAUCAAUAAAACAUGUUAUUUUGCCAGGUGGUAUUCAAACAUUUGCAUGUGACUACACAUAAAUCAGCAUAAGAAGCAGUAUUUUUGUAGUAGUUUUAAUUUAAUAUGUAGUUGCCAUGAUAUCAUUUAAUACUAUGUUGGUGUUUUUGCCUUUAACUCACAGAAACCAUACAAAGUCCCAGUCCAGUGAGCGUAGUUAACAUUGAGAAUAUGAAGAAAAAGACCAAGAGGACAAAGAAAUGCAUUCAUAGUUAUGGUGCCUGGGAAACAGCCCAUUCUGCUAAACAAGCCACAAACUGCACGGUUAGAUCCACCAACAGUGUUAAUGUUUACGCUUUCAAAACUUCUAAAAUUCAGUGGAAAAAGGCCUUAAGGCUUUGUCAACUCACUGGCACAAAUACAGCCAUCCUGGAUGUGCUGAAUAAGUACCUGCAAAAAGUCUGUGACUUAAAAUUAUAAAAACACUAUGUCUCAAUAAUUUUGUCCCGAUUUUUAUUGAUUUUUAUAUUGCUUAUUGUCCCAAUCCUCCUAUAAAUAUGGACAAAAGUAAAGACAAACUUUGGGAUUUUUACGCUAUGUGACAUACUUUUGUCCAUUUUUGUAGUUAACAAAGAGAAAAUGCAUCCUUGCCCCAUAGCGCCUGUGUAAGAUUAAACAAACAAGGUUUGGACACAACAUCUUGGCUGAUCGACUCCAUUUGGGCUAAAUUGUGUAAAUGUGGUUUUUACCAAACUGUUCCUUUAAAGGAUUCUUGCUCCGUUAUUACAGCCCUGGAGAAUGUUUUUCUCCUCUUUUGUGUGCGUUUUGUACUUUGGCCUUCGUGCCACGUCACUUUGGUGUCAUUUUUGAUAUAAUGCAUAAUACAAGUGUAUGUUUAUGAAUGCUGCUCUUGCUGACAGUCUCACCCAGUGCUGUUCUUCAGAAGACAAGACAACCAUUCAUAUAUUAAAGGAGGUUUUAUGAAGAGGCUUUCGUGUCAAUACAAGACUUGGGGGACUGUAACACGGACCAUUCAUGUUGGUGCUAAAAUAUGACUGUAUUUAAUGAUUACUAAUUUUAUUCAUUUGAUUUUUUCAUUUUCUUUUGUUCAGUUCAUUGAUUUCAACGGUGUGGCUUCAGUGUUGUGAAAUAUUGUGAACACCGACAGGCUGUGGUCUGUCUGUCUGUUUGUGAGAUAUACAGUAUACAAAACAUUACAAAAGCAUCUGAAUAAAGCAUUAAUAAGCACUCA